AAAGAGCCCAUUUACCAGUUUGCGAGUUUACGAACACUGAGCACUGUGGGACGGUCGCCUUGCACUACCCCUUUCAUUGGGUGGUGAACGGUGUUCAGGUGUCCUUGUGAACGAGCUUCAGACUUUACGGAACGGAUUAAGCACGAGGAGCUGAUUGACGGGCACUAAUGACUUUCUGGCAGCAUCCAGCUCAGUGUCGGUCUUUUGUGACCAUUUUCUAGAGGUCAUUUGCGAUGUCGCACGAAGAAGAGAUGUUUGAUGAACCGGUUGUGGAUUCGGGGGCAAGAUAUCACACGGGUCAGCCUUCUCAGGAUGAAAUUGAAGAUCAUCGCUCACAGCCGUCUACAUUAAUCGGUCUGCCAUCCGUGGAUGGAAGCACCUCUUUGCCGGCAACCGGCAUGCUUCAUGGUAUCGAUCCAACAGCUCCUUCUGCGCACCGCCACCGCCGACGACGAAAACGUUUCACCGCUCAAACAAAGGAGGAUGAUUCGAAAGCACAACCCACUGAUCCAUCCGAGCACAUUAUGUUUCUCCUCGGUGAAUGCGAUGGAGAAGAGGAGCAACCACACCAAUUGUUCUGUGAAUUGGACGAGUUAUGGCAUGAUCCCAAUGGCUCGGGAGAUGCCGAGUGGCGGGAGGCCGCGAGGUGGAUCAAGUUCGAGGAGGAUGUGGAGGAGAGUGGUGAACGUUGGUCUAAACCUCAUGUGGCCACCUUAUCUCUCUUCUCGCUGUUUGAAUUGCGCAAUUUUCUGGCCAAUGCGGUGAUUAUGCUCAACCUGGAGGCGUACUCAAUGGAGCAGAUUGCUGACCUCGUGGUCAACGUCCUUGUCUCCGAGAAUUUGCUACCAUCAGAAUCUCGUGACAGCCUCGUCGACACCCUAUUACGUCGACACGUCCAUCUGCAUUUGCGUUUACGAGGCCGUGGAGCAACUACGCUGCCCUUGAUUCGCUCCCUGGCCGACAUUGGCAAGCGUCACUCUAGCAAGGAAGUGGAAAAAGAAAUGCACAGUCAAAUCUCUUUGACGAAGAUUCCUUCCUACACCCUGGAUACCCUAGACCCGUUGCUUGCGGCACACGUGGCAGCCCAUGCUCAGGUCGCUGCUCACGCUCAAACCGGAGGUCAUUCCGAGGUUGUAUCGGGUAGCUUGCAAGGGAAAUACGAUCUGCACUUUCUCAAGAAGAUUCCACCGGGUUCGGAGACCUCGAACAUCCUCAUUGGUGAAACUAGUUUCCUCACCUCACAUGUCACUGUGUUCAUUCGGCUGCGAGAGGCCGUACUUCUCGGGGACCUAACUGAAGUCCCCGUCCCGACACGUUUUCUUUUCAUCCAUCUGGGUGUGAUGGGCAGUAUGGCAAAGUCUCACGAAAUCGGUCGCUCCAUGGGCGUUCUGAUGUCCGACGAAGUCUUUCACGACGUGGCCUACAAGGCACGUUCACGCACAGAUUUAUUGGCGGGUCUUGAUGAAUUUCUCGGUGCUGCUACCGUACUGCCCCCAGGAGAAUGGGAUCCAUCCAUUCGAAUCGAACCCCCGGCUUCCGUCCCCUCACAAGAUAGUAGAAAAGCUGGAACUGCUCCAAAUGGAACGCAACCCUCCACUACCACAUCAGCUGCUGCUCCUGCUGCUGCUCCCCAGCCAGAAACCACGACCACAGCACUUGAACAACUGCAGGCUGGCACUGAUCGGCUAGUCACCUUAUGCUUGGCCACUACAGGGAACGCUGCUAUUCUGAGUAAUACGCAAGAGGAAAAAUCUCGGACGGAGCCAGCCAGCACCGAAAAGACAGAGACUCGUGUGGUCUGUGGUAGUCGCCUGGAUUUGGCUUCCUUGGAAGCUGUCGGUGGUGGAGCUCCCAGUGGAGACGAUGAUCCCGGUGGCCAUGGUUCAGAUCCAACCCUCCAGCGAACAGGGAGAAUUUUCGGAGGCCUGAUCAAGGAUAUCCGUCGUCGUGCUCCCUCGUAUUUGAGCGAUUUCACCGACGCACUUCAUAUCCAAUGUUGUGCCAGUUUCAUCUUUCUCUACUUCGCCUGCCUGACGCCGAUAAUCACCUUUGGCGGUCUGCUAUCUCAAGCAACUGGGGGCUAUUUGGGUACAAUUGAGAGUAUAUUAUCGGGGGCCGUUGUCGGUAUACUGUACGCGUUGUUCUCCGGACAACCGUUGACGAUUAUGGGCAGCACGGGGCCUGUGCUCGUGUUCGAGGGCAUUAUUUACCGCUUAUCCCUACGUAUGGACUGGGAUUACCUGAGUUUUCGGCUUUGGAUCGGAUUCUGGGUGGCCCUGUUCCUCCUCAUCAUGGUGGCCUUGGACUUGAGCGCUCUGGUCAAAUACAUUACGCGAUUUACCGAGGAGUCGUUCGCCACCCUCAUUGCUUUCAUCUUCAUUAUUGAGGCUUUUAAAAAGACCUUCGCAAUUUCAGAACGCUAUCGAGUUGACCUCAACUGGACUCCGGAGGCUAUUCCGCUGCACAACUGCUCUUGUUCCGCCGCAGAAAAUCUCACGGACUCCGAUGUGCUCUCCUCUAUGUAUGAACGACAUCCGUUAAUGGAUGUCCCCUUACUAACUCAUAACGGCUCUAGAAUCUUUAUCAGUGCUGCUGAUGUCGAAUAUUCCUAUUUCACAUCCAUGGAGAUCGAUUGGAGGGCGGUCUCAGAUGGUCGCUAUUCUUGGGAUUCACUGAAAUUUCGUCAGUUGUGCCAUGAUUUAAACGGAACGUGGAUUGGUUCCGGUUGUCGGCCAUUUUUUGUGCCUGAUGUUUUCUUCUUCUCUUGCAUCCUGGUUAUCUCCACCUUCUCGUUGGCUGUCGGCCUGAAGUCGUUGAGAACUUCAACCUUCUUCCCUGCUCGGGUCCGUUCACUGAUUGCUGACUUCUCCGUGGUGAUCGCGAUCAGUAUAGCCACCUUGGUUGACUUUUUCCUGCAUUUACACACUCCUAAGCUUCUAGUCCCGGCGGAGUUCGCACCUACGUUAGGUUACAGAAGACGUGGCUGGAUUGUGCCGCUGUUUGGCCGUAACCCGUGGUGGACUUCGUUCGUCGCGCUCGGGCCAGCCUUGUUGGCUACCAUACUCAUCUUCAUGGAUCAGCAAAUCACCGCUGUAAUUGUCAAUCGUCGAGAAAACAAGCUAAAGAAAGGAGCUGGUUAUCACCUGGAUUUGCUGUUAGUGUGCAUUACAAUAGCCAUCAAUUCCAUCCUCGGUAUCCCCUGGUUCGUCGCGGCCACUGUGUUGUCCAUCAAUCACGUGCUCUCGUUGAAGAAAGAAUCGGAGGCCAGUGCACCGGGUGAACGGCCGGUUUACUUAGGUUGUCGGGAACAGCGCGUAACCGGAUUUCUCAUUUUUCUCUUUAUUGGACUCUCCGUGUUUAUGACUGGCCUACUGAGCCACAUCCCAAUGGCAGUCUUGUACGGUAUCUUCCUCUUUAUGGGCAUCUCUUCGUUGCACGGAGUACAAAUGAUGCAACGUGUCUGCCUCAUGCUAAUGCCGAUCAAAUAUCAACCAGAUUACAGUUACCUGCGGCACGUCGCUCUCCGCCGUGUUCAUAUGUACACAUUGAUUCAAGUCUUUUGUCUGGUAAUGCUAUGGGUGAUCAAGUCGGUCGAAAUGGUUUCCAUUCUCUUUCCAAUCAUGGUGCUUGCUAUGUGUUUCAUCCGCAAGGCGCUCGACUUCAUCUUCACACAGGACGAGCUCAAGUGGUUGGAUCAGCUGCUUCCCGGUAGUAAAUCACAGCCAAAGAUGCGCGGAGUGUACAGAGUGACUAGCUCAGCUGAGAUGCUUAAGGAAGGGAAGCCUCUUAUCACUUGCACAAUGCCAUCCGAACUGACCGGACGUCGCCCAGAAGAGAAACGCAUAAACAUAACCGAGGAAGUUUCAAAAACAACAAUUUGGCGUCAGUUGAGCGGUGCGAAUAUCAAGGAUAGCGGAAAGACACAGCAAAAGAGCAAAUCAAAGAAGCCAGCAAAGCGUCAACGUCGCAGCAAAUCUCGUGAUGUGGAAAGUGCAGCUCGUAUAGGUGAAAUCGAAGCAAACAAACCCAAUGCCAACGAUCAGAAUGCCAUGGAGGACGUGAGUCAGCCGGUGCUAUUCUGCAUCGACCCGAAAGAGCAAGAAGGAGAUGCCGAUCAACGUCGCGUCCAAUGGAGUCAGCAGGAGGCAAACGAACUGACGGACAAUCAGCCGAAUCGUAUUCUGAAAGCACCACAAAUCACUAUCAAUCCUCCAUCGGCACAAGGCUCACCGGAUUCCGUCCGCCGAUUGCCGCGUACCUGACUCUCGCGCUGUCGCAUCCCACUCUUUUAGUAUGCUCAGUUUUAUCACAAUUGUAUUUUUCUAGCUUCCUGCACACUUACCCAGUUACCGUGGAAGGCGAAUGACGCAUGUGUAGUCUAGUCAGAGGCCUUCACACAUGAGCGCACACGCUGUAUCUCCAAUGCAAUUCACUCCCGCUCAUUAGUAGUGACCCGUUGAGCAGUCUCCUGGAACAGCUACCCCAGCAGCGCCAAUCACUUAUCCGUUCGUCAGUAGAUUUUCGCCAGAUCACCUGAAUACGGCUCACAUACGCUCCAUUCUGUGCACACUAUUAUUUGGCAAACUAACGCAGUUCCAGAUUUUUUCCUCAUCAACACCACCCUGAUCUAUCGAAGUGGUCACACCGCGCCUCACACUCAUGUGAAAGACGUGAAUCAGUCAUCUUAACAGAGGCUUCAUCUGCUUCCUCUUUCUGUUCACUGCGCUUUUUCCUCGCUACUCUCCCAUCCAUCCCUCUAGUCAUCCUGUUUUGAAGAUUUUGGUACAUUCAUCAACUCUUAUUUCUUCUUUACCCUCCUGCCUCUUAGCCUGUUUUCUGAAAGACACUUAUGGAUGCAGACCCAUUAUCUCCCCACAUUUUCAUCACUCUCCGCCUGUCGCACGACCGCAGUCGGUCUGAACUGUAGCCUGUGUUUGCUUCAGACGAGUGCUUGAAUUGCUCUGAACUUCUGGCUUCCGGUCUCUUAAUGCACACACAUGCGCACACUAUUCUACUCCUUGGCUUCCGAUUUAUGGAAGCUCAUGGAAGCACUGUAGUGUUUUCCCGCAUAUGCGCACUGAAGGAUUGCGGUCACGUUGUAACGCAAAUGAUUACGCGUUGUCAACUCUCCUCAUCCAUGUGCCCUUUGGGGAUCAUGGCCAGAGCUGUGACCUCAACGAUGAAGCGCCGUAGAAAAGUUAUCAAUUGUUCAAUCAGACUAUUCCAUUUUAUCCACCUUAGUGUGUGUUUCCAGUUGCUUCAUUUCACCCGCCUCCAUUUAUUCCUCAUCUCUGUCCUCACUUGCCUGGGUUUGUGUUGUUCUAGAGUCGUCGUAGCCUAGGCUGUUUGUUUUCCCGGAUUAUCACAGAGAUGUGAAUUGAAAUUGAAAAAAUAGAACAAACAAUGACCUUUUUAUCUACCAUUC